AAUGCCGACAUACGCAAACGCAAUUCACCCGAACCAGUCUUACUAAUGAAUAUACGACUUGUUUAUCAGUGUACCGUUCAUAAAACUACUCGACGACAUCAUUUAGAGCUCAGUGUAGUGUGUGAAUUUGAUCGAGACGAUGUAUUAAUAAUAAAAAAAAAAAAAUUAAAUUUUCUAUAACCAAAACAUGAGUUUUUGCAUCUCGCGGUGGUUCGCACCAGCGAAUACGGCCAGUUUAAUCUUACUGUUAAGUUUGAUGUGUUUUACCGGGAACAUAACUACCCAGAUGUUUCCAUUAACACCAAUCAUGAGAAACAAUGGCAAUGCAAAACAAUUAUCCACUGCGGCAUCGACCACUCCAGGAGUGUCAGAACGACUAGAAAAUUCGGAGCCAUCCAUUUUUGUGUCGAUGCCAAAACUUGGAGCAAAUAAUGGAGCACUUUUGAAAAUGAAUAACCAAGGAAUUGGUACAACGGUCGGCCUAGGAGGUUCUUUGGGCUCCGGAAUUUCAGGUAAAGGAAUCAUCGAUUUAUCACCAUCCACCGGAAUUAACGCAGGUGAGUUGGAAGUAAAAGACCGGGGAUUAGGUGCUUCGGUUGGCAUGGAUAUUUCGUCCGGAUCAGGCAUACAAGGGCCAAAAAUCGGUGGCUCAUUGACUGCAAUCACACCCGAUGGAGCUGGAUUGGGAGUGCAGGCUCAGGGAAUAGGUCCAUCGAUCGGUAUAGGAGCUUCGCUGGAUUCCAGUAUUGCAGGAUCAGGAAAUAUGAAACCACUACCAUCGAUUGAGGCCAAGGUCAAUACUGACAUAUCAGAAGAAAUAAAGGGCGGAGGAUUAGGUUUAUCGGUCGGCCUAGGAGGUUCUUUGGGCUCCGGAAAUUCGGGUAAAGGAAUCAACGAUUUAUCACCAUCCACCGGAAUUAACGCAGGUGCGUUAGAAGUAAAAGACCGGGGAUUAGGUGCUUCGGUUGGCAUGGAUAUUUCGUCCGGACCAGGCAUACAAGGGCCAAAAAUCGGUGGCUCAUUGACGGCAAUCGCACCCGAUGGAGCUGGAUUGGGAGUGCAGGCUCAAGGAAUGGGUCCAUCGAUCGGUAUAGGAGCUUCGCUGGAUUCCAGUAUUGCAGGAUCAGGAAUAAUGAAANUGGAUGUAAAAGACCGGGGAUUAGGUGCUUCGGUUGGCAUGGAUAUUUCGUCCGGAUCAGGCAUACAAGGGCCAAAAAUCGGUGGCUCAUUGACUGCAAUCGCACCCGAUGGAGCUGGAUUGGGAAUGCAGGCUCAAGGAAUGGGUCCAACGAUCGGUAUAGGAGCUUCGCUGGAUUCCAAUAAUUUAAAGUCGAAAACUAUGGUGCCACUACCUUCAGUUGAAGCUGACGGUAUUGCUAGCAUAUCAGAAGUUAAGGAUGAAGGAUUUGAAUCAUCGGUUGGCGUUAAAGCGGCUCUGGGUUCUAAUUCUUUGGGAUCAGAAUCUAUCAGAGCACAACCGUCAGUAGGAGUUAAUGGCACCUCUAACCUGUCGGAAGUGAAACAAGGAUUAGGUAUAUCAGUUGGCAUGGAAGUUUCUUUGACCAAACAAGCAAUGGAAACAUCAGUUGACAUGGGAUCUUCAACAAGUAUCAAUCAAUUUGAAACAACGACUAUAAAUUUAUCUUCACAGACUGAAACUAUCACCGAAACAACAGAAUUUAGAGAUGGGCAGAAGGAAAUUUCUAAUGACAACAGUAUGCCACAGGGUUUUCGGAAACAAUUAGAUUUGACGACCUUGAAAACGUUACCAUCAACUGAAGUGUACGAAGAAACAACGGAUAUCAAGGACUACCAAACAAUGUACGACGUGGAUGUUUCAACGUCAUCGUCAGAAAAUUUGGGCAUCGUGGAUAAACAGCCAACCACUUUUGAAUAUUCUGAACCCAUGGGUACUUCAUCUGUCAGUACUGAAAAAUCAUCCGAAACAUGGAUACAAAAGAUACCUACGACAGAAAAACUACAAUUCAGAAUGCCAAAAGCUCCGCCGCAAGCAUCUGCAGAACAUUAUAUAUACUCUGGCAAAGCUGUGUGGUUUGGUCAAAUAAUCACUAACGUACUUUAUGGAGCUCCUUGGUCAGCGUAUCAGACCAAUUCUAAAUGUGUGGAUGACAUGCGAACAUACAACAUGCAUGUGCAGAAUUACACUUUAUGGGCUUCCAAAAGUAAGUGACUACAUUUGAUUUUAAAUCGAGAAUUAUUAUUAUUAACCUCAAUCAUUCAUAUUAUCAUCACCAGUUAGUAUUUUUUUAAUGCUCAUCAAUAUGUAUUAUAUUAUUAUAUUGUUGUUCUUUAAUGGAAAUUAUGACUUUAAAAUAAUAAUCAGUCUGAUGUACAAAUAAAACAAAUACUAAAAUAAUAAACGGUACUGAUUUUUGUGAUAAGUAUAAAUUAAAUUUUUCGUUCCUUUUUAAAUUAGGACGUUAUUUUGGACAUACAGUAAAAAGAUUUUGAUUUAUGACCUAGGACAAAGGGGCGCAAGGUCAAUUUUAGAUGCGAUUAUAAUUAAACGUAAAAAUAAUAAAUAAAUGAUAUAAUUAUUUUAUCCGAGAUAUUCGACGGUAUUUUAAUAAACAUUAACAAAAUAUAAAAAUAAAUGUUCCAAUUUAACAGUCAGAAAUAUUUUAGGCAAUGCCUCUCAAAAAUGACUAAACUCUUCUAUAUUUAUAAUAAUGAUAAAAUUAUAUUGUUAUACAUGUAAUAAUUGCAUAUAAAUAAAAUUAUUACAUUAAUACGUUUUUUUUUUCAUUUUCGUCUAAAUAUCUUCACGCCCAAACGGCGAUGUUUAAAUGUCCGCAUCCAUUUGUCCUUGUUCGAAGAGUUUUAUAUCGGAGUAUAUUCCUCGGACCUGGCAAAUGUAUUGUUUGUAGAUUUAUGUUCACAUAUUUUCGGUUAUAUAAUACAAUACAUCGUCAUAAAAAUUACUAUUGAUGUAGCUUAUUGAUUUUUUUUUCGAUUUCAUUAUAUUCACAAGAUCCGAGUAAUCCAAAUAUAUAAAAAAUAAUACAUACCUAUAUUUUAAAAAUACCUCAUACAGCCUCUUACUAACAUUAACUGUUUUAUAAUUUUAAUAAAUUCCCAUGCUUAAUUAUUGUAUACAAAGGAUAAAUAUCGCAUAUUAUUCUGUCGCAUAUGUUUGUAGCUAUGGUAUAGGUAAAGCAUUAAUUUGCAUUAAAUACCUCUUGCGUUUAGAAGCUUCACAAACAAAAUAUAAUAUAGUAAACAAUCUAUUUAUAAAUUAAACAUAUAUUAACUUCAUGUUUGAGAAUAUAUAAAUUAUAAAAAAUGGCCAUAUAUCAUAAAUACAAUUUUCCGUUCAGUUAAAAAUGUAUACAUUAUAAUACAUGUAGGUACUUACAAAGAUGUUAAAAUUCUAACAGAAUUAGUGUUAAAAUUAUAAAAUAAUGCUCGGGUGGUAAUAAAAAAAAACCUUUUUAAAAACCUAACAAGAAUAUAAGAAGUAAACAAUUUAACUAAUCAAAUAGUUUUGGAUCAGCGAUUUCUUUAAGGGUAAUAAAUUAUGUAUAAAUAACUUUUAUACGCAUUUUUGUAUUUUAAAAAUGUAGUGUUGUAAAUCUGUGUUAAACAAUGUAAUGACUCGUAUAUUUUAAUUAUAAAAUGAGUAUCAAAAUUAAAAAAUGAAACGGACAACGAAAUUAUAAUCAUUAGAUUAUCUUCAGCAAUAAUUGUUUGACUUUUGCAUUCUUAUUUUGUGAAAAUAAAUAUUGUUAAACACUUAUUAUAACGUCUAUUUAUGUAUGUAUUUAUCUAUGUAUGUAUUUUUUUACCAUAAACCAGCAAUUUUCUCUAAGAAUUUGAAGUAAAUAUAUUUUCUGUUUUGUUUUUUUAAUCAUUUAAGCUUUAUUUUAACACCAUUUUUAAUUUUUUAGUCCCACUCCAUAUACCUUAAAUAGGUUUAUACUUUUGGUUUUCAAAUCAGAAUCCCACUUUUAGAACACAGAUUCAAAUAUACAAUAAUCUUUUAGACACUUUGGUAUGCAUAAUACUAAUAUCAGAUUUACCGUUUACGAGUUAUAACAGUUUAAAGUUUAGACAGGAGGAUGUUGGAAGGGUAAUAAAUUGCAUACACAUUUUUAAAUAAUAAAUUCACCAAUCUAAAUGAAAAAGUACGAAUAAUUUUUUUUUGAAAAGUGCCUGUUUAUUUAUUUGUUACAAACAAUAUGAAUUCAAAAUUUAGUAAUAAAAAGAUGAGAACUCUCCACAAUUGUUUCAAAAUAAUCAAUUUUACUUAAGAUACAAACAGGAAAAAAACAUGAUAACAAAAUAAUAAAUAAUUUAUUCAGUUGCAUGAUUAGGAAUGAGAAUAAAUGUUUGUUGAAUAAUUUUUUUAAAACAAUAGACUUCCCCUCUCAUAAGAUCCGAGAAGGUGUAAACAUUUAAAUAUCCCUGAUCACAAAAAAAAUGUUGCGACACCAAAAAUCUUAACCUAUGAACGCCACUUUUUGGUAUAAUAUAUUCAUAUUAACAGCGAUAAAUUAUUUAUUUUUAAUAAUCAGUUAGAUGAUGUUUUAAAAAAUAUUAUAAAUACAAAUAUAAUUAACAUAAAUACACGUGAUGUAUAGCUAUUACACAAUGUGUUGUUUUUGGUUUUCAUAAAAUUGAUUUUAAAUAUUUAUUUAAACAUACUUAAAGCUGAUUAUAUUAAUAUAUUUAAUUAUACUUAAUUAUACUUUAUAAUUAGGACCAGAUAUUCAUAAUUAGGCAAUUGUAUCAAAAAUCUUGGGAAUUUGAUAAAGAGGUUCACACACUUUUCGUGGACUUUAAAAAAGCGUAUGAUAGUAUCCAUAGAGAGAGUCUAUUGAAUAUUAUGAAAGAAUUUCAUUUUCCACAAAAGCUGGUCAAUUUAGUAUCUAUCAGCGUCAUGGAGACCUUGAUAAGGAUCCAGAUAGGAAAUUUAGUAACUGAACCGACAACAGUGAACUCGGGGCUAAGACAAGGUGAUUCGCUAUCGCCGAUUCUGUUCAACGUGGUUUUGGAAAAGGUUAUUAGAGAAAUGAAAAUUGGUUCUAACGAGGGUAUUAGAUUACAAGACACGUCGAUAGGUCUACUUGCUUAUGCUGACGAUAUAGUAUUGAUGGAAGAGUCUCAGGAUAGAUUGAAGAUUUUAUUCAGUAGAUUGCAUAAAGCAGCAUCAAAAGUAGGACUAUGUGUAAAUGAAGAAAAAACGGAGUAUAUGUUUUUGAGUAGACGGGGACUACCUUUUUGGCAAUCCAUAAAAAUAGAUCAAUAUGAAUUUAAAAGGGUAGAACAGUUCAAAUACCUAGGGUCUAUUUUGUCUGAGAAAAAUAAUGUAGCAAUCGAGGUAGCAGCAAGAAUCCAAGCUGGGAAUAAAUGUUACUAUGGACUGACUAAGGUACUAAGCUCACGAGUAGUGUCGCGAAGAAUGAAAGAACAAUUAUAUACGUCCUUAAUACGACCGGUUGUAGUGUAUGGAUCGGAAACAUGGCCACUCAGAAAAAUGGAUGAGCAUAGAUUCAUGGUCUUUGAAAGAAAAGUGUUGCGGAAAAUAUAUGGCCCGGUCAAAGAUGAAAUAACUGGUGAGUGGAGACGAAGAAAGAACUUAGAGCUGGAAACACUAUACAGCAGUUCAGAUAUUUUGGAGGUCAUCAGAGGCAGAAGACUACGGUGGACUGGCCAUGCUUGGAGGAGCCAAAAUCCACUAUUACAUGCUGUGAUUGAACAAAACCCUGUAGGUAAAAGACCUCUGGGGAGACCAAAAAUGCGAUGGGAAGACAAUAUAAAAAAGGAUGUUGAACAUUUAGGAGGCUGUGCCAAUUGGAGAAAUCUGGCAUUAGAUAGAGAAGGAUGGAAGCUUGGUUGUGAGACGGGAUGGUCUUAACGGCCCAAUAAACCCAAAAAAAAAAAAAAAAAAAAUACUUUAUAAUUAUAUUAUACUUUAAUUAUAUUUAAUUAUUAUUUAAACAUACUCAAUUAUUUUUUCUAUUACGCAUUUAUACAAAUAACAUAAUAUUAUAUAGUAGAUUAUUAUUUUGGUUGAAAAAUGAAUAAAAAUAACCAAUGACGUCAGAUAUUCAUAUAUAUUUUACUAAUACAAUGCAAGGACGAUUUUGGUUGUUUUUGGUUUUCAUAAAAUUGAUUUUAAAUAUUUAUUUAAACAUACUUAAAGCUGAUUAUAUUAAUAGUAUAUUAAUAUAUUUCUCAAUUAUUUAUUCUGUUACGCAUUUAUACAAAUAACAUAAUAUUAUAUAAUAGAUUAUUAUUUUGGUUGAAAAAAGAAAAAAAAAAUAACCAGUGACGUCAGAUAUUCAAAUAUAUUUUACUAAUACAAUGCAAGGACGAUAUAUCAAUAUUUCGUACACUAUCGCAAACUUCCAAACAUACGGGGUUAUUAGGUGAAAAAUUGUAAAGGUAGGAUAUAGAUGGGAAUUAAUGUAUACCUAUACUCAACGAAUGACUGAACAAAAAACGGUUCUGAGCGGAAUUCGGUAACACGUGUUUUGUAAGGCCAUAAUAAUUACGAUUUUCGUCAAAUUUAAUACUAAAAUUCUUAUAAAAAAAAAACUCUACAUGGCACUCAUUUUUUUUUCACAUUAAGUACUACUUUAAUAGACUUUCAAGCAUUUCUGUUUAAUCUAACAAUUUUAUUCACAAAUAUAAAUUACGUAAAAAACUCCCAAAUUUAUGUAUUUAUAUAAUUGUAUAAAAUUAUAUAUAUAAAUAGCUUUAAAAUGACUAAAAUGUUUUGUACAUUUUACCACGUCUAAAAAAAGUUAAUAUACGUUUUUUGUCCAAAUUUCAAGUUUCUAUGAAUAUGUUAACUGAGUUACAAUAAAAAAACCAAAAUUAAAAAUAAUAUAAUCGUAGAUUUUCCCGUUUUGCCUAUCUUUUUGCCCGGUUUUUUCACAAUUAUUAAGAAAAUUUUUUGAAAAAUCAAAAAAUAACCUUAAAAUUUUCUUUCACAAAAGAUACUACACUUGAAAAUCAAAUCAAGAUUUCUAGAAGAAAAAUUAUUUAAAGGUAAAUUAAAAAAUACAAAAAUUAAUAUUAUUAUUUUUAAAGCAAUACAUUUCUCGCUUCGCUCAGAAUAUAAAAUAAUCUCUUUCUCUUUGUUCUCCUACGCAUAUUAUCAAGUUGACCCACACUUCGUGAAGAAGGCUUAAGUAAUUUGAUCAAAAGAGGCUAGGCUCCCAAAACCCCCUCAAUCGUUUUUGUUUUAUAGAUGAUGGGUCUCCCGAAUUUUGUAGGUUUCACGGGUAAAAAAAGUUCACCACGCCACUAGAAGGAAGUGUAACCCACAAAAAUUAUCGCGAUCCAAAUGUUAUAACAAUAUUCCAAAUAUGUGUUUUGAUGAAAUCGCUACACUAAAAAAAUGAUAAUACUGUAUCUACCAUAGGUCGAGUUAAAGUUCACUACUAAUUAAUGUGAUUACGUUUAUACACAUGAACACACAGACCAAGAGGAAGGAGCGAUUGAAAUAUAACAAUAUAACAUAACGUUUUCCCCGUUGGAAAAUUAAAAAAAAUCUAAAAUUUUACCACGGAUUAAUUACGUACCUAAGAACAAUAAAUAGCUGAAUAAAAUAUUUGUCGAUAUUUUGACAUUUUCUUUCCUGUCCCAAAAGCCAAAGUACAAUCAAAAAUGCUGUAUGAAGUGACAAGGCCAAAAGUUAGACUUCGUUCUCCCCCAAUAGUCACAAAUUAAAUUAAAUUGUUGUCGACCUGCAUAAUGUUAUGUAAUAUAUACCUACCUAACAUAAUGUUUGUAAACAUCUAUUUUUAUUAUUAUUAUUAUUAUUUUUUUUUUUAUUUGAAUACAUGAAAACAUCAAGGUGAAUGGCAUUGUUAUAUUGUAUACAAAUAUAAAUAGUUACCCGAUACAGUAAUAUUGUCACGAUGUAUACAUCUGUAACACUGGCCCCUCGCAAUUUAUAACUCGUUUUCUUAUUCGUUUGAAUGACGUACAACAAAUGUAGUUUUCCUUGUAAACCGAUAGCUUGUAAGUUUCCUUGUAUUUGAAAUAAAAUAAUAGUAGUUUUAAAGAAAAAAAAAAAACUCCGUAAUAAAUAAUUACGUUUAAAUUAAUAAAAAUGUAAAUUUUUUAGUAAUUGAAAAUAAUAUAAGUAUUAAACGAUGAGUACCUAUAUAAAAUAUUCGGAUUACGUAAUUUUUUUUUUCUAAUCAAAUGCAAACAAAACGUAGAUACAUCAAAUCAUACAUCAGAAUCGAAUAAAAUGUUUUUUAUUCUAUAUACGAGCGUAUACAACACAAUAAUAAUAUUUGCAAGAGUGCAGCUCCGCUCUCAAAAUGCGUUUCUAAUUUCAUAACCCAGUGUCCGGUGAGACUCUUGGAAAUUAAUAAUAUUAACAAUUAAAUUAUUAAAUCCCCAAUGAACCCAUGAAUUCAAACUUGAUGAAAAUCUAUCGUAAUAGUUUGAAACCGCCUCUUAGCUCCAGUUAUAAUAAAUAUUACCAAUGUUUCGAUUCUCAUUAAUUAUCUUGGUUGAUAAUUAGUUGAACGUACCGGAUUGGAGAUUUUGGCUAAUCGUACUCAAUAUCUAAAUAGCCUAAUUAAACAGCUUACAUACAAAAUGGUCAAUUUAAGUGGGUAUAGUCGUUAUCUCGGAAAGUAUUUACUUUUUCAGCCUUUUUUUUUUUUAAAAAAAAAAAACAUUUAAGAAACGAUCAGUUUUACAAUUUUACAUUGACGUAAUUUUUUUCACCCUUAUUUUGUGAGUGAAACCACUAUCUACUUUAGAUUUUUAAAUGAAACUUAUAUUAAUAAUUUCUCAUAUAGGUGGAGUAUAAGUUUAUAUUAUUUUUGGUUUAGAAAUGUUUGAUUUUCAUCAACCGUUGACGAUUGAAUAGGAUUCCACUACUCUACCUCUACCCAAAAUCAAAAGUAGAUUAUCUCAUUUACUAAUUGAAGAAAAUCAAAAAAAGGCCACAUUAAAAUGAGUUUAAACUAAUACUUCAUUUAUUAUUUUUAGAAUUUCCAAUAAAGUUACUGGAAAUCAAAAGUCGGUAGUGGUUUUAUUUCCAAAACUGAGGGUGACAAAAAAUAACUUAAAUGUGAAAUUAUGUAGCUGUUUGUUUCUUUAAUGUACUAUAAAACAAGUUCCAAAAAACUUGAAACUUUCCCAGAUAAUUAGUGUACUCACCUUAAUGCAUUACCUUGUAUAGGAUGAUAAUGUUUGGGGUAUCACUAUCCCCCAUCGAAAUUUUUCACCUAAAAAUCCAGUAGCGUAGCCAAGAAGGAUGGUACGCCCAUUUAUCAUUAUGAUGCUGUAUGCUUUUAUAAUCUGAGCAUAAAAAGGAAUUUAUUGGUUAUACUAUGAUGUAUUGUUUCUUUUUUUUUUUUAAUUUUUUUAUUGAUUAUAAGGUUUUCUCAGCAUUAUAAAAAUAUCGAAAAUCGGUAAAAACAUAUCGCCUAAUUUACAAGUUUUAACUCCUCCCAAAAAAACUCAGAUCUAAAUAAACCACUGUAGUCCUAUAGUUGUAUACUAUAUUUACCUAAAGGACUAAUUCAUAAUCGAUUUUACCAAACAGUAUUAUGAAAAAAACACGUGGAAUACGAAAAACACUUGGAAAGAUUGCAACACGUUUUAUAGACAAUAAAUAAUACAAUUUAACAUUUUCCACUACUCUUUAACUUUUUAUAUUAAUAACAUUUGUUUGAUAUCAUAGAAUAUGACAUUAUUUUAUUAUAGUCAUCAGUACCGGCCCUUCGUGCUAAGUACGAUAGUACGAUGAACUUUUUAAUGAAGGUAUCAUUAGAUAAUAUGAAACAUUAAUAUCAUAUGUUUAUUUCUGAAUAUUAGAUAUCUGAAUAUUUAUUAUAAUAGGUACAUUUUUAUUUAUAACAUUUUUUUUCAGUUAUUAUCACAUCUUUAGGUUCUUCUUUUUAUAUACAAUUAACAUGAUAUCACCUUAUCUAGUACUGAUUAAUAAUUUCGAAUAAGUAAAAUAGGUGUUCAAAGAAAUUGUUUUUAGAAAUUAUAGAUUAUUAAUAAACUAUUAUAGUUAAUCGCUAUAGUAAUAUACAGAUUGUAUUUAAGGCUAGAUUAAUUCACAUAAACCAUAAAAUUAGGCCUAAUAUUAGAUUUAAGUAUAUAUGUAUUUCAAUUUGUCUAAAAGAUUGAAAUUCAGAAGAACGGAAACAUUUUAAAACUUGUGCAAAAUAAAGUAGCGUAAUAGGUAACAGUGUUUAUAAAUUUAUAUUUAUUAAAUUAAAAAUUAUAAAAUUUACUAAAUUUACUAAAUUUAAACGUUUAGAAAAUAAUUAUAAUAAUUAAUAAUCACUAUAAUUAUACUUCCUUAUAAGCGAAUCAUUUUACAAAUUUACAAAUACGAAUACAAAUUUUUAUUGAAAUACAAUAGUGUAUAAACUAUUUAAAUAUGGAGUUCAUGUCAAAUUUCAAAUGAUUUUGACGUAUUUUUCGGUUUUCGUUGAACUCAGAAUAUAAACAACAACAAAAACACCUUUCGAGAUAUCAGUUACCUGUCUUAUCUGUGUUCAAAUUGGGUACCCGUAAUAGCCGCAUGCAACUUUUUAAACAUUUUUAUUACUCUUAAAAGUUUUAACCAAAAACACACAUAUUAUUGUUGUAAAACAAAAUAGUAUAAUGUGUACUUACUCGGUCCACUCCAUAAAAUUCAUUAAAAUGCAUAAAACGUAUUUUUCUCAUUUAUGGCAUCUGUUACCUAUGUCGUCGCAUUAUGUAACACCGUGUAAAAAUAAUUUGUCUUUAUUUUUCCAUUUUUAAAAAUGUAUUUAAAUAAAUACUUAUUGCAUACUUUAAUUUAACUACAUACCUAUGAACUAGACAACGAUAUCGGUAGAAAGCAAAAGUCUCAUUUCACUCACCUCAGUAAAUAUAAUUAUUUUAUAAUAUUAUAAUAAAAUGUGCGUCAUAUUCCAAAAAAAAUAUUACUCCUGAAGGAGUGAUUUUUAAAAAUGAACGCUUAUUUUGGUCGUCUUAUCUGGGGUAUAAAACGAAAAUUGUUCACUUUAAAAUAAUACAUUUAUACAUAAUUAUCAAAAAAAUAAUUUUAUUUGAAGAACUCUGAAUCAAAAAAAAAAAGGUUAAAUUGUUUUUUCUUGUCCAUCCAGAAAUUUUGUAAAAUAUUUUAUAUUGAAUUUAACUAUGAAAAUUGUAUUCACAAUAUACUUGUUACAAGAAAAUAUAAUUGAUUUUAAGUUUUAAUCCAAAUUCCUAUGUAAUAAUUAUUUUUUCUUUUUAUUGCAUACGUUUUUUUUUUUUUUUUUACUUUAUUAUCAAUUUCACUGAUAUUUUGUGUAAUAAUAUCAUAGGUCAUAAUAAUAUUGAGUUUUAUAUGUAUACAGUGUUAGAUGCUACAUCAAAAGGACCUGAAGGACUUUUGGAUGGAAAUACUUUCAGUUUCGGAAAUUUCGACCAAUGUAUGAGUACGAAAUCUAAAACUCAAGGUAUAUCAGGUGGAUACAGUUUAGUCGAUAUAGAUUUUCGACCUAGUUUGGACGUGUACCCGGGAUUUUACGACGGCGAUCACUCGAAAGAUUACGACCCACCUGACGAAGAUAAGUCGAUGUGGGAAGCAAUCAAAGUAAUUACUAUAAUAAUCGUAUAUUAUUUUCCGUUCAAUAGUAUUCAAUAAAAUAACCAGUUCUCGUAAUAUUAUCAUUGCGGCACAACUAUAUAAACAAACUUGAUAAUUGAUUAAUUAAGGUCAAUCAAUCAAGAACUGUAUUUUAAUAUUAUAAAAUCGUGUUUAUUAUUUAUAUACUAUAUUUUUUUAUUAUAGGUACUUACAAUUUUGUGUUAUUCGUCUUUUUUAUUAUACUAUAUUAUUGGUAUAUGGUUUUAAUAGCCAUUAAUUUGAAUUGCCUUCGACGUCCGCUUAAAUAUUGUUAAACAAUAAUUUCCCUUUAUUAAGUCAUAUUAUUUUAAUUUGUUUAGCAUAAUGUACAGGAAGAUUUCGUUCAACGCCACAUGUACCAAUGGGCAGUUUGUUUACCAGACACCUGUCAAUCGGAAGAUGUCCAAAAGAUCGUGAGCAACGCAUUAGUACCGGAGUUGAAACGUUUUGGAUUUGAAGCCAACGUGACCAUUAACCCAUUAUUGCACACAUCUAUUAAAAACACAUUCAAAUACACGGCGGGUUUCUACUUUGUCUGGUAGGUACUCGACAAAAUUCGAAUAAGUACUUUGAUGUGGGUAAAACGGGUAGGUACUAGAUAUACCUACCUAUUUCGGUAUGUAAUAUUAAUAUUCGUCGUCUGUUUUAAUAUUAUAUUUCCAUAUUUACAGUGCGAUGUAUGCAUCCGUCGCCAUAUUUGUCUUUAUAGCUACUUUAUACGAUUUGAUUUACUUGCAAUACCGACCCAAAUCUAAACACGGUCCAAUGAGUAAGUUUGUGUAUACUUUUUGUUUUGCAUGCAUACAUUUAUCGUAUUUCUUUAUUUCGACAGAACAAAUCAUGAAACCGUUUUCACUUAUCUCGAAUUUGGAACGAUUGCUGAAACCAUCGGAAACCGAAGAAUUUUCAAUAAUCAACGGACUUAAAGUGUGUGCCAUUUUACAAGUUAUCAUUGGCCAUAGGUGGUUCAUGGAGUUCGGUAAUCCACAAUCGAAUCCCAUAUUUGUUCACUGGGUGUGUACACAAUUAUUAUAAUUUAUUACCUACACCUUAAUAAAAAAAAUAAAAACAGUGAUGGUAUUUGUUUAGGUUAUCCAUAACGUCUGGUUCGGAUACUUUAAGUGUACCAUAUUUUUGGAAACGUUCUUUGUGAUCAGCGGAUUUCUCACUUUCCAUAUCAUCACAAAACAACUUACCGAAAAAAAACGUUUGAACUUUAUACCCAUUAUGAUUUACAGAUGGUUAAGGUAGAUGCUUAAUUAAAACACUGUACUAUAGGAAACGAAAUAGGUGAGAAAAAUAUAACGUUUGUUGCAUACUUGCAGAAUAUUCCCAGUUUACGGUACUCUCAUAGCGACGUAUAUUUUCAUACUCCCGUAUCUAAAUGACGGUCCUUAUUGGAGGGAGAUCAUAUACAGAGAAUCGGAAAGAUGUCAAAACAAUUGGUGGACAAACAUGCUGUUCAUUAACAAUUAUGUUCACACCGAUCAAUUGGUAAUUCAAUAAACUAUAUUAUACUACUGACCGUUAUCCGCGUUACGUCCGCGUAGUUGUUCAUGGUGUUUUCUCUCUACGGGGUGUACGAAAGAUAAAUAUAUCAUUGCUGUAGAUAAAACGUGAACAGGCUCUAAAUAGUUAGAAACAGCAACAGAAAAUUAAACGAAUUAAAAAAAAAAACGAAAACGAUUUUCAUCGAAAUUACACUUAUUCCGCUCAUUCCCUAUUUUACCUGUUUUUCCAAAGUCGACUGUUCACACAACAUUCAGUUUUGCAAUCAUGUGCUAAUACCAAAAUCGACCAUUGAUUACUUUCGCACAUUCAAAAUUUGACUGGCGUAUGCACACCGGAUCUCCCCUCAUUUGACAUACACCGUAGGACCUAGAAACUUUUAGACCGCGCGAGAAACAUUCCUGGAUAUUCUAGGAAAAUUCCUCGUCGGCAAAAUAUCGAUGUCAGUAAACGGUAUAACAAUAUAUAUAUACAUGAGUGAUGUAAAAGUAAACGGUCUUGUCGUAGACAGGGUGAAAAAUCAAAGUUUGUCAGUAGUCGAUGAUAAAUGCACAUGCACACCGUCCCGGAACAAUGGUAAUUCCAAGUUUUAUAUCGGGUGAACGUGUCGCCCCACAACCGCGCACCCUGUUUUAGCCGAUGGCUAGUCAGGAGGCGCGGAGGUUCAGGAGGAUCCGGAGCAGCAGGCCGGUCCGGCGUUCUCUCUUGUCGUUCUAGAGACGACAAGCGCUGCGGAAUCCCAAACGCUGCCCAUCCCCCACCGUGCUCGACCGGGAGUAUCGUCGGGCCGUAAUCCUCCACCGUCGGUUUACCCGGAUCGGGGAACGUCCCUGAGCUCUGAGUGGACUCUUACACGGAACGCUCGCUCGUGUUUUGCCCGUACAGUCUCCGUCUUCGAUAUCAAGCCGGGCUUACAGCUGUCGCCAUACCACUACCCGAGCAAAAGAUGAACGGAAUCCCAGAACGGUUAGACCCAAAAAUCACAUCAAAUUACGUUAUACAAAUCGAUCAACAUAAGACAUUCGUUAUCUCGGAAAAUAUUAACUUUUUUCGGAAUUUGUAUUUUAGAAAAUUUAAGAAAUUAAUAGCUCUGAAAGUGUAUAUUAUUCUUUUAUUUGUCAGCCUUAUUUUAGGGAGGUGAAACUACGAACUCCUUUUGAUUUUAAAAUGACAAUCUGUGUUUAAAAUUCCAUAAAUAGAUGGAGUAUUAAUAAAAAUCAAUUUUGGUGUUGAAAUUUCUGAUUUCCGUCAAACCGUUAACGAGAUAUUCUACUUUUAAUUUCCGACGGAGGCAAAAUAGCGGUACACCGUUCGUGUAGUGGCACGGCGUUUUAUUAGUGUUCCACCACUCUCCUCCCGCUGAAACUUAAAAGUAGAAUAUCUCGUUAAUAGGUUGACGAAAAAUCUGAAAUUUCAAAACCAGACUAAUUACUAUUGGAAAUUUUAAUUUAGGUUGCCAUUUGAAAAUCAAAAGUAGAUAAUAGAUAAUUCACCUAUUUAGAAUAAGGGUAACAACAAAUAAAUAUGAUGUAACAUUUUAAAGCCGCUUAUUUCUUAAAUGAUCUAAAAAACAAAUUCCGAAAAAAAUUAAUACUUUCCGAGAUAAUGAAUGUCUUACGUUAUGUUGAUCACUCUGUAUAUUAUUGGAUAACCACGGUCCCGUAAUAUUAAACAUCAUAUGUGCGAAAGAGACAGAUGCAUUUUCAACCACUUCAAACGCACAUAGCUCCACUCCACCUAAAUCCACUCAAACCAAAUUAUUUCGAAAUCAAUUGAAAAUGCUACGCUACCCUCACACACAAACAGUGUAUUACAGUCAGUUAUUACGGAGAUAAUCGAGCCUAUAGUAGGGCGACAACACGUCCCAUAUUUCAAUUGUGUCCCGUUGUUCCGCCAAGAGUUUUAUACGUAACGCAUUUUGUCCCGUUUUUCCUAAUCUGUCCCGUAUUAAUCCCGUUUUUCCCAUACUAUUAAUGGAUAACUUCUAAAAUGUAUUUUUUGUCUUUAUGACAUUGUUCAAUAAAAUCUCUACUCGACAAUGAAAUUUUGGAUUAUUGUUUUGACCAUUUGAACGGAUUUAUUUUGUAUUUUUUACGGUAUACAAUGAUCAUUGUGAUAAACAUUUUAAAAACUACUCUUGUAAUAAGUUUUACAAUAGUUUACUAAAAGAUAAUAAAUUGCUCGAUGGAAAUUGGCUCAUCACACAAGUCCACACAAACAGCGGAAGAAGAAAUUGACCGAUUAUCGUCAUCAAAAUUAAAUUGUUCUUGUGUACAAAUAUUUUAUUCGCAUUUACAAAACAUUUACAGAGCCCAUAUUUAUUUUUUAGUUUUUGCAUUAUAUUUACAGUUGGGUUAAGGUAUGGUACGUGACGUUUAAUUUGUGUUUAUAAAUGUCCCGUAUUUUUAUGAUCGCCCUAACACAAACGCAUUUUUAUUAUUUAAUAUUAAAUUGAUUGUGUUUUGUAAAUUAUAACAAUAAUAAUAUAACGCAUUUUAAAACCAUGUUUGUUCAAUUUAUAGUGUAUCAUCCCAUCGUGGUAUUUAGCGUGCGACAUGCAUUUCUUCGUAAUCGGCACACUGCUCACCUACGCCAUUUGGAAAUGGACGAAACCCGGUUUGUUGACGCUCGGCGCGUGUUUGAUUGCGUCGACAAUAAUACCAGCUUACGUUAUACUAAAAGACCAGCAUUGGGGAACAGCGCCAGUUACGCCGGAGUAAGUUUCUGUAGUAAUAGUAAUAAUAAUUUGAAUAAUAAGAGUUAGUGUAAUACCUUAAGAGAACGUUACACGUGCAUUUGUAGUUUCCGCCUUACAGACGCGCGACAUAACAAAUUUGUAUUUAACAGAACUAAUUUUGGGCUGCAAUUUAAUACUAAAAUGAAAUGACCAAUUAAUUAUGAAGUUUUUAUUUUUUUAGUUAUUUUAAUUUUUAAACGAAAUAUGGGCGUAUGAAAAUAAAUAGUAUACAAUUUAUAUAAAUGUUUAUAUCCUGACAAAAAAUUUAACUAUAGUUGCGAGAAAAAAAACCAACGUACAAUCAUGUACACAUAUUUACACCUUUAAGUUUGGUUAUGCGUCAGUUCACUCAAAUAUUAAAACUGAAAGUACAAAAUCAUUUCUGUUUAAUAAAAAUAUGUGUUUGUAAAAAAUAGACAAAAAAACGAUCGGACAUAAUUUGCACGACGGAUGGGCCACUGUUGUAUGUGAGAAGUUGGGAAGGUAGAGGGGAAAUUUAAUGUAAACCGGUGCGCAACGAUUAAUCGUUGUUAACGAAAAAAGAUUUUAAGCGGAAUUCUGUUAUACAUGUUGUUGUUAAAGGCCGUAAUAUUUACAAUUUGAAAAUAAUACACAUUUCGUACAUUUUCUCGUUUUUCCUAUUUAUUAAGAAAAUUCUCGGGGAAAUAAAAAAAUGACGUUCCUAAUGUACCGUCCCAGUCAAAUUUCGUUUCAGGAAAGGUGUGUUACAGUUGAAAUUCGAAGCAAAAUGUCUGAUUAAAAUUUGAUCACAGAAAAAAAACAAUAAAAAAAAAAUAAACAUUAUUGCAAAACCAAUACAUUCCUCGCUCUGCUACCAUGUUGUAUAGGUACCAUUGAUCACGUAUUUACGAGCGUACUUUUGUAUCGAUAAACAGCGAUAUCAAUACGACAGAAAUCUUAAUGGAAUUUAAAAAAUGUCGCGAAUCUAGUUAAAAACCGUAAAAAACAGAUUAUUAAAAAAAAAAAAUAGUUAACAUUAGGUUAAUAUAAAAUGCAUUAUGCUCUUAUACUUCUAUGUAAACAAUAUUACUAUUGAAUUAUUUAUGUUUAAUAUAAAACAUUUAUUAAUAAAUUAUUUUUUCAAAAAAAUCAAGUUUUUUUUAUAAGCCGGAUAUAACGUUCUGAAUCUUUCGGUUAUAAUUAAAUUUGAAAAACCAUGAAAAAAAUACAGGAAAACGGGAAAAUUUACAAAAAUGAUGCUUUUAUUAUUUUCAAAGUUUUGGUUUUUUUGAUAUAAUUCAAUUAAAAAUGUUCGUAGAGACUUAAAAUGUCGACAUAAUCCUUAAUAUAUUUGCUUUUUGUAGACGUAGUACAAUUUUCAAAAAAUUUAAGACAGUUUUGAAAAUUCAAUUGUUAUUAUUGUAAAUAUCGGAUUCAUCUGUAAAAAUGUAAAACAAGUUUUUAUAAGGUCGGUACAAACAUUAGUAAGUUCGUUUAGUUUGUAGUAAAAAUAAUAUAUUACUUAAUAUUUAAUUUUACGAGACACUAUUUUUUUUUUUCGAAUAUUUAUCAAAUUUAAACGGUCCACGUACAAUAACCUUAAUAAUAAUAUCAUACACGUGUUUCUGUACAGUGCACUUCACGAUCUCAGCAAAGACAGAUUUUACACCAAUAUAUACAUAAAGAGUCACAUGAGAGCCAUGACUUACUUGAUUGGCAUUUUGGCCGGAUACGUGUACAUGAAGUUGAAAGAAGCUGAUUACAAAUUAUCACUGGUAAAUAGAAUAUAUCGGAAUAAUAUUACGAACUCAUAUAAAUGUAUAAUAUUAAACUAGACCGACAUGAGUAUAAUGCCGAAUGUGGGUGUCAAAUAUUUCACGAAAAUUGUAAAUGAUACAACCUAUAUUUUAUUUUAUUUUUUUGCGGGAUCAGUUGCGGUAGCAUGUUUUAUUCAAAACCAUCCCUCACGAGAACAUCUCUCGCGUCUCGUAGAAUAGUCGUAUUAUUUAUAAUUAUUAUUAUUUAAUUUGUUUUGGAAAGAAGAAGACUUUUUCCGAAUUUAACUCCGUUUUACAAUAUUUCCAUCUCAAACGUAAUUAUGCCUCAAAAAAAAGUCAGUAUUAAGCUUGUUUUUUUUUGUACAUUUUUUUUAUACUAUUACGUAUUUAAAAUCAAAUAAAAAUCUGAGUUCAAUGCGGACUGUAGUGUAUUUUUGUAUAGUUUAUACAUUGAAAAUGAAAUGGUUAACAUGCAUUCUUUAUAAUUACCAUGAAGUAAUAUUCAUCUGCAAUAAAGGCCGUGCAAAGUCCCUUUGCUCUUGAAGUAAGAGGCGGUAAAUGGUACUCUUUAAGUAGUGUGUAUAUCGUGCUAUUAAAAUUCUAAAAAUAAUUUUCAAAUUGUACAAAAUCGAAGAAAAUUUGGAAAACCGGCACCAGGACCUGGAACCUCCCAUAAUUAAAUCAAUUAACGAAGUGCAUUAACGUUUUAUUUGUAAUAAUUUAUAGAACAGUCGGAUAUUCUGGGCUCCGGUCGUCCUAAUGAUUGGAAACUGUAUAUAUUUGAGUUCCGGAAUUUUCUUCGCGUUGGGCCACAAAUACGUGGCUUAUGAACACGCGAUAUAUUUUACACUCGGUCGACUGGUGUGGUCCGUACUCAUAUGUUACGGGAUCAUAGGUCACGGAUUGUCCGGAUUUGGUAUGACGUUUGAAAAUAUUAUCUUGAUUAUAAUAUUAUAUUUUUCCGUUCAACCGUUUGUCUCCCGUGUUCUAAGGUGUUUGUAUAAGCGACUUUUUGGGUCAUCGAAUUUUUCACGUUACCGGAAAAUUAGUUUUCUGCAUCUACAUGUUCCAAGAGAUCAUUCAACUGCAGACAAUCGCUUCUAUGAGGACACCGACGUACCAGAACUUAACAUUAAUGGUAAAUUUAAUUAUGAUAUAAUUUGUUAAAUUUGAUAGCUGACAUGAUAAUAUUGAUGUCUCGAUAAAUGAUCGCGGAAAAUUGAGCGUGCGGCAAUUUGAAAAGAAGACUAUAUUGAAUUCAAAGACAAUUGAGCAUAAUAAUUUUUAUAACAUAUUCUAUAACAAUAUAACAUAAUAUACAAAUAAAUACAAACAUGGUUUAUGUGCAGUGUGCGCUUAUUAAUGCAGGCUAUGUUAGUGCGCUUAUCCGCUUGCCAUCUGCGGAAGGUUCAGACGAUUAUCGUCUAUAAUAAUGUACAUGUCCAGUGUUACAGAAAAAAAAACGUACAAAAAUGUAUGUGUUUUAAACAUUAGAAUAAAAUUGUAUCGUAAAUAUUUAAGAACAAAAUAAUAAUUUAAAAAGAAAUGUAAUUCUUUAUCUUUUAGUUAUUUUAAUCAACUUUUCGAAAGUUUUUAACAUUUUUGUAUAAAUCACUCCGCAACCUGUAGCUGUAUGUGUACGAUUUGUACGCGUGAGGAUAUACCCAUCCGUAUAAAACCCAUCAGUUAAAUAUAUAACUUCCAACUGAUCAACAUUCAAGUUAAUCAUUCAUACUACGAUUUAAAUAAAUAUUUUAAAUGAACAUUCACCGGUCCACUAAAUUUCAAAAUAUCGGUGAUUUUUUUUAUUUUUACAAUUUGAUAAAAAUUCUCAGAAUAGUUUUUCUAUAGUUUAUCGUUGCAUACAGAUAUACAUUAAAUUACUCAUAUAUCCUGCCUUCAACCCUUCCGACUUCCCUUAAUGGCACAUCCAUCAGUAAUAUCAAUUUCUUUUUUAUUAUUAUUACCAUUCUCGCGUAUAUUUUUUUUUUAAAUAAACUAUAACUCUUAUUUGUCUACGGGCUCAAUUGCCACCGAGCUCAAUAUUGUCACCACACUCAACUGUCGUAAAUCCAUACCAUACAAUACAAUUAUGUUUACACAGUAUGAUUUACUAUUUAGACUUGGAGAUUUGGCGGUGAUACCCUGAUGGCCAUGAUGUACGCAUUCGCUAUAAACGUAAUGAUCGAAUCGCCGUUCGAUAGACUUCAGAAAAACAUAAUGAAAUUAUUAUUGGGAGGUAAGAAGAAUAAUCAAACGUUUUAAUUGAAAUUGUAUCGUAAUCAAAAUACGAGUAGUUUCUAUAAUAUUAAUGAAUUGCGGUAUAAUUUAUUAGUGUUAUUUAUGUUUUAAUAAUAAAAUCAAAUGUGUUCGUUUCGUUAUUAAUAACUAAUGAAUCAUAGUGGUGAAUAGUAGCGAUUUUUUAAGAUUCAGAAAUUGAGACCGAUUUUCGAAAUAUUAUUAGAGAGUUAAAUAUAAUAUAUUAUUAUCUAUUCUAUACAUUGAUAAUCUCAUAAACAAAUACGGUACUGUGCCCAGUGAAGUCGGUACCCGAUGUCAGAAAACUUUACCAAUGACAAAAAAAACCUAAAGCUGUCAGUUGGACAUUCACUCAUAUGUUUAUUGUAAAAAAUAUUCAAAUAAAAAACUUUAAACAUUUUCAUUAGCGCCACUAUAGACAUGGCGCCCGGUGCGUGGGCACCUCUAUCAUCCUUAAACAAAUAUAUAUAAUGUAUAUAUGAUAUUUAAUCGAUCAAACAUUAAUUUAAUAUUAACGAAAAUUAAUUUUUGCCAAAUUACUCGUUAGAUAGACAGAAACGGAAAAUGCACAUCCGAUAUCUUCCAAAGUGUUGUAUGCUGUUAUCACAUAAUAAAUUAAAUUAAUAACAUACAAAUAAUAAAAUAAAAUUAUGUUAGUUUGCGAAUUAAAAUAAAUACCACUGCAUCCAAGUAAAUGUAUAGUAAAAUGUAUUACAUCAGGUGUAUUAGUAAAUUCCCAUACUUAAGUGGUUAAGACGUAAUAAGUAUAUUAUUAUUUAGUUAAACUUAAAAUUUCCAGAUACCAUCCAAAUGGUUUAUUUAGUAUUAUAACCUGUAUAGGAUAAUUUAUUAAGUGUGCUCAUCACUCUAUUUGUUUUUGGGGUUAAAUUUUGCAUACAUUCAAAUUCUGAUUUUUGGAAUUUUUAACUGUAAUGAAAGCCGAUAUUUUCGAAUACUUGUAUUUUUCACGAUAUUUAAGGAGUAUCCUGUAGAGAUACCGACUACCCUCUUCCUACCUAAACAUAAAAGUGGAAUACCUCGUUACGGGUUAACGAAAAUCCAAAAUGUAUUUAAAUUAAUAUUCCAUCUAUUUAUGGAUUUUCUAAUAUAAUUUCUCAUUUGAAACAUCAAAGUCGGUAUCACCACAGGAUAAUUUUUUAGUGGUGCGAAAAAUCUAAAUGUUCGAAAAAAUCGACUUAACUUUACAUUUAAAAAUUCCAAAAAAUCAGAACUUGAAUAUACGCAAAAUUUAACCAAAAAAAUGGAGUGAACACGCUUAGUAAAUUACUAUGCAUAAGUGUAUUAUUUUCCCGUUCAAUUUAAUAAUAGUAACUAAACGAUUUAUUAAUAUUUUAAUUAAUAUUGUACCUGUACACUCAUAUUAAUUGUUUUUUUAUAGACAUGUUUUCAAAGCCAAAACCUUCAAAACGCUCGAUUCGUGAAACCAUCGAUACGACUAUUACUACGAGUACAACUACAUUAUAUGUUGUAAAUUAUUCGGGAGACGAACAAUUUUCGGUUUCCUAAAUACUUAAAUGGAUAACUAUAUACACACGUUAUAUUAUUAUGGGUGUUAUUUUGUACGCCUUCCAUCAUUAUUGUGAAAAAUUGAUACACAAAAAUUACGAGGCUAGAUAAAUAAUAAUAUAUUGUAAAUCGAAUAAGUAAUCGAGUUUAUUAUAUAAUUUUUGUGUAAUGUGUACGUCUAGUCAAAACGUGUAACAAAAAUAUAGUUUAUGGAUUAUAACCGUAGAAUCCAUUAUGUAAAAAAAAAAAAAACUAUUUAAUAUUAAUAUGUGUAACUUAUAUUUAUUAUCAUGUCAUAUAUAAAACAAUUAAUCUAUAUUAUAUAUUAUAUUAAUUAAUAAAUAAUUUUUUGGCAGACAUUUCGAUUUGAUAAGUGCACAUACCUUUACCUACAAAAAACCGUAAAGGUUACGAAAUAAACCUUUAAAGAAACCCGUAAAAAUCUCGUCAUUUCAACACACUCAAUCGUAAUGAUUUAUGCGUACAGAUAUAAAUUAAAUGAUAUCCUUCCUUUUCAACCUAGAACAGGUUUCAUCAUAACAGCAUCAGGUGGUUUUUUUAUAUAUUUUUUAAAAUAAUUUUGAUUCAACAGCGAUAACGGACGGAAUUGAUAUUAAAACGGCAGAAUCUAUAAAACUCCACAUUGUGAUUACCUACUCGUAAAAAAAUGAGAACUGGGAAGCAUAUCUAUAGGUUUUU